AUGGCUUAUAAAUCUUAUCCAAAUACUGACGAUAUUGAAUUAAAAAAAUUAAAUGAGGACAAUCCUGAAACAAAGGAAGGAAAUAAAGAAAAAAAACUCGAUAGGACUGUAAAUUUUUCUUCUGACAUUGAUAUUAAUGGAAACAAAAUGCCCAGACCAAAUAAAAAUGUUCAGUUCUCAACUCAAGAAGUUUCAUUUGAGAGUGAAUUUGAUGAGUUUGAAAUCAAACCAAACCUUAUACCAAACCGAAAGAGGGAGGAAGAAACGGUAAUGGAAAACUUAAGAAAAAGAGUUGGCGAACUACAAUUAGAUAAAAAUUUUAAAAGGAAACCAAGAGAACUAGAAAUUAAUGAGGAGGAAAAGCCUUUAUUGAAGACCGUAAUAGAGCAAACUACCGAUAAGGAUUUUAUAAUUGAUUGUCUCUGUUGGCAUAAUGAGUAUCGAGCACGCCACAGUGUUGCGGCUUUAAAUAUAUCUAUGAAACUUUGUGUUUCUGCACAAGAAUGGGCAAAUCACCUAGCUAGUCGUAAUGAACUAUAUUAUUGCCCACAACGAGUUUUUAAUUUUGGACAGAACAUAUUUUGCUGUGUUGAAGCUUCUUUAGGUGUUACUGGUCAGGAAGUUGCAUCAUAUUGGUACUCAUCUAUAAAACGAUACGACUUCUGCAAGAAGCCCCAACUUCUUCAUACAAACGUCAAUGCAGGACAUUUUACUCAAAUAGUUUGGAAAAACACGAAAUUUAUUGGAGUUGGAAAGGCUUUUUCAAAUACAGGAAAAAUUUUUGUAGUUGCAUUUUACUAUCCUCCUGGAAAUAUUAUAUGUGAAUUCCAUGAAAAUGUUCUUCCACCUAUAGAUGAAUCAUCGAAUUCUGUGCGUAAUGGCUCCGUUACUUCUAUUAACAAAUGA